AUGGAGCCGCCAAAGGCCGCUCCGCUCCAGAUUCCUCACGAGGAUGAUGUGCCCCUCUUCGACCCCAGUGGUCUUAGCGCUUCUCUUUCCGCCGACGACUGGCACAACUCCUUCGACCUCAACAGCGUAGCCGCAGCUCGUCUCGGCAUCGGCUCUAGCACUUCUCAGAACGGCUCCGGUUUCCUCUCUGCAGCCGAGUCGACAAGCAACCCCACACGUUCCGACUCUCGCAACGAUGCUUCCGCAGAAAACGGAUCCCACUUGCAGCUACCGCAGACCACCUCGAGCACAUCCUCCAAUGACGCACUCUUCGACAAUCGAGGGCUAGCCUCCGGACUCGAUGCAGUAGAGCGCGGGAGACGUCGACGAAGCUCCGCCGCACAGGAUGAUAGUCAGCAAGGCUCGCCCGCUGUGUAUGCUGCCGCACUACCGCAGAAAGACACGUCGGUCGGAUCCAAAGUUCGCAUGUGGUGGGAGCGAAGUGCGGCCGUUACACCUGAAGUCGACACAACAGACUCUUCGAUCGUCGAGCGCGACCCUCCACCGACGACCCAGCUGUCACUCGAUACCGACUUGAAACCAUUUGCAUCCUCCUCGGCCGCACCUGGCCCAACCAUCGCAUCCCCAUCUUCCAUGGCGCAGGACUCCUCUCCUUCCUCAUACCGUUCGCCAGCUGCCGACUUUCUCAGUGCCUUUUCCAGUCUCAACAGCGUCGUCCAGCCUCAGCCUUCGACAUCCUACGACAACCGAUCGCUCUCCUACAGUCCACCUCGCUCUGGCAACCGCAGUCUUGGCGCGUCCUUCAUGCGUGAUGACACUCGCAACGGCGCCGCAGCAGCGCCUGGCUUUGCUUCAUGGCGCGGUCUUUCUAGCGCCGCCGCCCAGCUCUACGACGCCAAACCCACCACAGCGCCCAACCCACCACCUCGCAGCGAUGACGAAGGCGCUCGCGUCGGUCCCUCGGGUCGCUACCUCCUAGGCAAGACCAUCGGUGUCGGCGGCUUUUCCACAGUGCGCGAAGGUUGGGAUCUGGAAGCACAGGGGCCAGCCGACCCGACCGCUCCGGUCAUCGAGGGUCAACGCAAAGGCCGUCGAAUUGCCGUCAAGAUUGUCUACCACGAUCAAAAGCAAACUCAGCAGAACGCGAACGAAGCCGACAAGCGACAAUAUCAGACCGAUCACUCCCAAGAGCUCCGAAUAUGGAAGGGUUUACCAUCGCAUCCUCAUCUGCUUCCGCUGCUGCACCACGAGAAUGUGUCGCUGGAUGGUUCGCACGCUGAACACAGCCAAGGCAGCGGUACGAGUGCAUUGCUUUUGAUCAUGCCAUACUGCGACCAGGGCAGUUUGCUCGACUUUGUCCGCGCUGAAGGUGGCGCUCGCGACGCUGUCUUUCCUCCUACGGUCUCCCAGCUCUUCUCGUCCGCUGACCAGAGAAGAACUGCAUCAGGCUCUUGGGCCGUUUCAACCUCAUCCGACGCGUCGACGCCCAUCUCUCGUACUUCGUCGCUCAGAACCUCGAGGAAUGAUCCCUCCUGGCGGCACUCAGGGCCACGCACAGGAUCUGGCUUCUUGUUCGCUCGCAAUGCUGGCACACAGGCACAUAGCCGUGUAGCCUCCGUGUCUACUGCUUCUCAGCUUCGGACCAUCCCUGCCGGACAAGAAGUAGGCUCGACUUCCUCGUCGCCUGUCUCUGCAGCCGGCAGCGUGUCAAGUGGGUCCAGGCCGAUGCGCAGGACAGACAGCCGCACCGUUCGCAGCCAAGGCAUCCCACUCGAUGCAGCGCGCGAGACGAUGCGACAACUCUCGUCAGCUUUAUCCACGCUGCACAGCAAGUGCCAUGUUCUGCACGGAGAUCUCAAGCUCGAGAACGUACUUGGGCAGGAUCAAGCGUCUUGGAAGAAGCGUCAGCGCAUGUCGACCUCGAACUCGGACGGCGAAAGGCGAUCGCGACAGAACAGCGGCGCAUUGACGGACUCCAUCGACUCAUUGGCAUCCGUGUCCGUGUCAUCCAGGCAGACGCUCGAUACGAGCGACGCAGUCAUGCCAUGUUGGCGCAUCGCAGAUUUUGGACUGGCACAAAUCUUGGACCCCGCUCAACCUGAAGCUAGCACGCCGAGCGCGCCAGCUCUCAUUCGAGCACUCAAAGAGGCGGCAAGCAUCCUUGGAACGGCGAAGACUCCUGGCCACAAGAAGAGCCAGAAGUCCAGUCGCGGAGGCUCAAUGGCCUACACCGCCCCCGAAUAUCUGCAAGCUCGAGGAACGCCAGGAUGGUCGAGCCCGACUGCUGCCGCAACUGUGGGCGAAGAGGUGGAGUUGCCGCCAGAGUCGCCCUUUGCCGCCGACAUGUGGGCGUUGGGCUGCAUUCUCUACGCGAUGCUCAGCGGCAAGCUUCCUUUCACGGAUAGCUUCGAGCCUCGACUGCAGAUGAAAAUCGCCAAAGCCCAGUGGGAGCUGCCCUCCCGACUGCGUCGCCGCGCUGAGCGGCUCGCCAAUCAAUCAACCAGCACACUCACGUCGCAAGUGAGUCAGUCGGUUCGCAACAGCUCGACAGACCGUGCUGGCUCCGUCGGGCCCAUUGAUGCAUCUGACCGCUUCGCCUUCAGCCAACGUCGACCCAGCUCUGGCUUGCCCAGCGGCCCUAGCAGCUUUGGCAUCAUGGACAUGAGUGCCUCUUUGCCGGCUUUGGCGCCUAGAGAGAGGCAACUCACCGAGCCUCCGAUCGCUGCACCAACAGCGGGCACCAUCGCAGUGCAUGCCGAUCACGUGAUCGGCUCAGCUCCUGGGCGCGCCGAUCAUCUGGAGAGUUUCGAGAUCAAUCAGGCUGCAAAAGCAAGGGCCGACGUAGAAGAGGACCCCGAGUCGGACGAGGACGAAGGUGUGGACCCGGCCUGGGAUGGUCUCAGCUGGGAUCGUGCGGCUGCGCGACAGGUGCUGCGUGGUCUUUUGGAGCCGGACCCAAGACGAAGAUGGACGAUUGACAAGCUAUGUUCUUGCGCAUGGAUCCGACAGGAUGGACUGACCCCUCAGAUGGCUGCUGCGUCGAUUCCACCGACCUCCCCGGCAAGCAACCACCAGGCACUCUCGGCGUCAUCAGCGAUUGGCGUGAUCGGCACGACAGGCUUCUCUCCACUACCCACUACAGACCUGCGGGCAGCUGCCUCUUUCACAUCGGCAUCAGAGGCGUCUCGGACCCCAGACAUCGACGAGGAGCAGCAUCCGCCCAGCUCCAGUGGUAGGCGGUCUUCCAGUCUCGCUCGGACGCGUCCCACGCAUCUGGCUCACGACAGUCCAGCAAGCCCGGCAUCCUCCGCACAAUCACCUGCCAUCUCGAUGGACGAAGAGGACAGCGCCAAGCGACGAUCACGCUCGACUUCGCGCAUCUCGCUCCGUUACCGCGACUCGAGCCGAAAUCGCAGCACCGACGUUAGUGGCAGCUCCACGCCGAACCGAGAACGCGACCCGGCUUGGGCGUCACAUCACCUCGCCAGCUCGCUCAGCACGCACACCCAUCCAUGGAUCCAUUCUGCUGGCAAGGAGCGCUGCGACAGUCCAGCCGACUCUGAGCGACGAGGUCGCAUGCCGCGCUCUCGAAUGGCCGACUUGGACGAAAACACCACCUGGAACGGCGAGGAGACCAGUCGGGUCGGAUUCGAGUCUUUCCACCGCACCGGACCUAUUGCCAUCCGCGGUCGCAGCCAGUCACGCAGUACAAGUCGACACAGCGGCGAUUCGAGUUCGCCCGAGCGCAUCCGCCAGCGCUCCGUCUCGCGAAGCAGAUCGACCCACUCGAUCUCGCACGACACGGCGGGGCCAGCAGGCAUACUGUACGGCCGCAGCACCGAGCCUCAACCUCAUGUGGCGCCUAUUUUGGCGGACCAGACGCAAGCCCAGCGGACCGCAACGGCAAGAAGCCGAUCCCGUGCACCGGAUGCACUAGCGCAGAUUCUGGGGAGGGAUCGCUCAAGGAGUCGAUCGAGAGCAAGGGACGCGAUCAGCAGUAGAAGCACACCGUCGCUUUUGGACGCCGAAGCGGAGAGGGAGCAGGUGGGACGUGGGCGAUCGCGCGAUCGUCGAUGA